CCUUCUCUGGUUGCGUUCUCGUUGCUGGGAAACACAACAUUAAUCUGACUUCCCUCCCCACUCCUCAUCCUCUCGCCCUCUUGCUUCCACCAUUCUUUCUCCCUUCACUGUGAGGUGAAAUUGCAAUUGUGUCACAUAGCUAAAAUAGCUUGCUGCUAGUUGAGCUUGUCACACUUUCUUUUCUGAACUGAGCGAGUUUCAUUUUUAAAACUCAAAGCUAUAUUUUCUUUGCUAUCCCGCACUACUUCUAGAAAUUUGCAACUCCAACUCCUUUAAUCACUGUCCAAGAAGAUGCUGCCCUCUACUCUCUGGGUUGCUGUCUCUUUCCUCGCUGCUGCGGUUUCCGCUCAGUCGUCCUAUACACCCCCUGCCGGCUUCGAUCCUUCAGCUGUUGAAGCCAGCGUGAAAGCUAGUUGGUGCGAUGCCCAAUCGAGCACCUGCCCAAAGCUUUGCGAUGGUUUUGCCAAAGUCAACAGAUGCGACGCGAGUAAAUUGACCUUUGAAUGUGUUUGCGGCGACGGAACGGUUCCCAAGGUCGAGGACUAUAAAAACACUCUUCCGUACUUUGUUUGCCUAGCAAACUUUGGUCAAUGCAUCGACAACCAUCCAAAUGACCUCGAAGGCCAAAGGGAGUGCCAGCGGCAGCGGAAAUUGUGCGGCUCGCUCGAAGCUAGUGGUUCGGGUUCCACAUCGACCACUCUCUCCAGCGCAACCGCAACCGCAACUCAGUCUGACGCUGAGGCUGCUACUUCAGCCGGUGGCCCCGCAGCGACCUCCAAUGCUGCUCCUGCUCUUCACGUGGCUCAGGAUUAUUCACUCGGAAUGUUGACCUGCCUUUUCGCUGGAGCUUUCGGCUUCCUUGUUUAAAGAUGUUCUCGCUUUGUGCACUCCAUGUCCAGCUAUUCGGACGCUCCUUUGUUGCUGGUCCUGCAAUAGGGUGCUGCAACAUACUCUGCUGAGGUUCUGCAUGUAAUAUAGGCUGCAGCUCUGUUCCGACGAUCAGCUUAAUUCCCCACACAGUACUUCAUUUGUGUUCUUCCCAUGCUAUUUUCAUGUUUUUUAAGCGUUU